AGGAAAUGACAUCUGGUCCAUUCUUCUUCUACAUCUUCAUUAUUGGAAAAUACUUCACUGGAAGUGCACAGGAUGUGAGGUGUCCCCUUGGUUCCUUCCCCUGUGGGAACAUCACCAAGUGCCUGCCUCAGCUGCUUCACUGCAAUGGUGUAGACGACUGUGGGAAUGGAGCUGAUGAGGACAACUGUGGAGACAACCACGGGUGGUCUGAACAACUCGACAAGUUUUUUGCCAAUUACUACAAAGUGACCUGGGCAAAUCCCUCCGAGGCAGAGACUCCGGAAUGCUUGGUCGGCUCUGUGCCCAUGCAUUGUCUGUGCCGAGAUCUAGAACUUGACUGUGAUGAAGCCAAUUUACGAGCUGUCCCGACAGUUUCUCCCAAUGUGACUGUAAUGUCGCUGCAGUGGAACUUCAUAAGGACGCUCCCUCCCAAUGGCUUCAGGAAGUACCACGAGCUCCAAAAGCUGUGCUUGCAGAACAACAAGAUUCGCUCUGUAUCCAUCUCUGCCUUCAGAGGACUGCACAGCCUCACUAAACUGUACCUCAGCCACAACAGAAUAACCUUCCUGAAGCCAGGAGUUUUUGAAGAUCUCCACAGGCUGGAAUGGCUGAUAAUUGAAGACAACCACCUCAGUCGAAUUUCCCCACUCACAUUUUACGGACUACAUUCUCUUAUUCUCUUAGUGCUGAUGAAUAAUGUCCUCACCCAUUUGCCUGACAAGCCCCUCUGUCAGCACAUGCCCCGGCUGCACUGGCUGGACUUUGAAGGCAACCGUAUCCAUGGUUUAAGAAAUUUGACUUUUAUUUCCUGCAAUAAUUUAACUGUUUUGGUAAUGAGGAAAAACAAAAUUAAUCACUUAAGUGAACAUGCAUUUACACACCUCCAGAAACUAGAUGAAUUGGAUUUAGGAAGUAAUAAGAUUGAAAGUCUUCCACCGAACGUAUUCAAGGAUCUGAAGGAGCUCUCACAAUUGAAUAUUUCGUAUAACCCAAUACAGAAAAUUCAAGUAAAUCAAUUCGAUUGUCUCGCCAAACUCAAGUCUCUCAGCCUAGAAGGAAUUGAAAUUUCAAAUAUCCAACGAAGGAUGUUUAGACCUCUCAUGAACCUCUCUCACAUAUAUUUUAAGAAGUUUCAGUACUGUGGAUAUGCACCACAUGUGCGCAGCUGUAAGCCCAACACAGAUGGGAUUUCUUCUCUUGAGAACCUCUUGGCAAGCAUCAUUCAGAGAGUCUUUGUCUGGGUUGUAUCUGCAAUUACCUGCUUUGGAAACAUAUUUGUUAUUUGUAUGCGACCGUACAUCAGGUCUGAGAACAAGCUGCAUGCCAUGUCGAUCAUUUCUCUCUGCUGUGCCGACUGCCUAAUGGGAGUAUAUUUAUUCGUGAUCGGAGCCUUUGACCUCAAGUUUCGGGGAGAAUACAACAAGCAUGCGCAACCGUGGAUGGAGAGUGUCCAUUGCCAGUUUAUGGGGUCUUUGGCCAUUCUGUCCACAGAAGUAUCGGUUUUACUUUUAACAUUCCUGACAUUGGAAAAAUACGUCUGCAUUGUGUAUCCUUUUCGGUGUUUAAGGCCUCGAAAAUGUAGAACUAUCACGGUUCUGGUUUUCAUUUGGAUUUUUGGGUUUGUAGUGGCCUUUGCUCCACUCAGCAACAAGGAAUUUUUCAAAAACUACUAUGGCACCAAUGGUGUAUGCUUUCCUCUUCAUUCGGAAGACACGGGAAGUACUGGAGCCCAGAUUUAUUCAGUGGUCAUCUUUCUUGGUAUUAACCUUGUGGCAUUUAUCAUCAUUGUGUUCUCCUAUGGAAGCAUGUUUUACAGUGUUCAUCAAAGCACCAUAACAGCAACUGAAAUUCAGAAGCAAGUGAAACGGGAGAUGGUCCUCGCCAAGCGCUUCUUCCUUAUUGUGUUGACUGAUGCAUUAUGCUGGAUUCCCAUUUUUAUUCUGAAAUUUCUUUCUCUGCUUCAGGUAGAAAUACCAGAUACUAUUACCUCUUGGGUGGUGAUUUUCAUUCUGCCCAUCAACAGUGCUUUGAAUCCAAUUAUCUAUACGUUGACCACCAGACCUUUCAAGGAGAUGAUGCAUCAACUCUGGUACAAUUACAGACAAAGAAGAUCUGUUGACAGCAAAGGGACUCAGAAGGCAUAUGCUCCAUCAUUCAUCUGGGUGGAAACGUGGCCCUUGCGGGAGAUGUCCACUGAGUUCAUGAAGCCGGCAGCGCUCACAGACCCCUGUGAUCUGUCACUGGGUUCUCAAUCAUCUAGACUCAAUUCUUAUUCAUAACUGGCUCUGAAAAUCAUUCAUUCUCAGAGAAUACUGUGAAGUGCUUCUUGAGGGGUUUGCUAAUCUGGAGUAAAUACUACAAAAUGUAUAACUUAUGGCUAAGACAAGUUAGCGGCAGGAGGUGGGGGACGGUAGCCGGUGCUCAUACAAAGAGAAGUAAUUAUUCUGACAGUGUGUGCAUGCAUAGUACAUAUUUGCAUAGGGAAUGAGGGGAAAUGUAUACCAGCAUGCAUCUGUGCACACUGCAUGGAGGUGAGUGCUGGGCACACACAAUGCAGAGCCUUUUGCAGUCUAUAUAUUGUGUUUAUCUACUAACACCACAAAUUCUACCCAGUGCUCCUAGAUUUCUCGGUUGUGCCUAUCAGCAAGCGUAAGAGCCACAGGCAUUUUUAAAUCAAGGUCUAUAGUUUUAUAAUACUCACAUAUGAUGGCAUCAGAUAAAAUGUGUGGGGUCAAUGAGAUGCUCAGUGAAUAAAAGUGAU